AAGAAAUUUUAAAAGUUUAAGUGAUCGCAGGAGGAAUAGGUGAUAGAUAUAUAGAUAGAUAGAUACCAAGUCGAACUAUAAGAAGAGACGUUGUGUUACAACUUAGAACACUCUCACUGAAACUCUACCGCCACUUUAAUUCCAAUCCCUUCUCUCUCUAAACCCUUCACCCCCAAUCAUGGCUUCAUCAAACCGACACUGGCCUAGCAUGUUCAAAUCCAAACCCCCUCAUCUCCAAUGGCACCAUGACAUCAACCCCUCCCUCAUUUCAUCCAACAAAACCCCCUAUGCACAAGUAGGCCACGGCUGCGAGGAGAGGACGCCGGAGCCAAAGCCGCGGUGGAACCCUCGGCCGGAGCAAAUCCGGAUCCUGGAAGGCAUCUUCAACUCGGGGAUGGUGAACCCUCCCCGAGAUGAGAUUCGCCGAAUUAGGGCUCAAUUGCAGGAAUACGGCCAAGUCGGAGACGCCAACGUCUUCUACUGGUUCCAGAACCGCAAAUCAAGGAGCAAGCACAAGCAGCGCCACCUCCAAACCUUCAAGCCUCAGCCCCCCGCCGCUCCAUCUCCUCCACCUUCAUCCUCCUCCUCUGACAAGUCUUCAAGUGAGAAAUCCAUAUCCGUCUGCCCUUCCUCCGUGAUUGACCUGCUCAACUCGCCAACUGCUUCGGUCAACCAACCGUUUCUCCAUUCCCCGGCCGACUUCCUCGCCGAGCCCUUCUACUUCCCGGUGCAGCACACGCAAGAGCUUUGCUUCCCUGUGGCGGAUCAGAGCCCCAAUUUCCUCCUCAGCGAGCUCAUGCUGAUGACGAAGAAACGCGAAGAAGACGAAGAGAAGAUGCAGCAGUUCAGCUACACAAACAACACCGUUGUUCCUCCGUCUUUCUGUGUCCCUUCCCCCAGCACCCAUCAUCUUCUACAAGGUGUGGAACAAUGCGGCCCCACCAAAUCCACGGUGUUCAUCAACGACGUGUGCUUCGAGAUCGGAGCCGGCCCCUUCAAUGUCCGCGAGGCGUUUGGCGAUGACGCGACGCUUUUCCACUCGUCGGGGCAGCCCGUGCUGACCGACGACUGGGGUCUCACACUCCACCCCCUCCACCACGGCGCAUUCUACUAUCUCCUCCGCCCCUUCAUCAAAAUUUGAUUUGGAAGCAACUGAGGGAGGGUGGUAGAUGAGAGUUUCUAGAUUUGUAAGGUUUUAUCAUUUUCUUCAUAAUGGAACCGAACCUACUGUUGGAUCAUCAAUGUUAGGAACAAUCUCUCUACAUGUUUUUAGGGACAAAACUGUUUGUUUUACUCUACAUAUUGUGUACGUUUUAUGUAUGUCUUUUCAAAUCAAAGUAACUCAAAUGGGACAAUUGCUCAAGAAUGUCUUCUUCACUCUCUUCAUCAUGUGUUGGAAUUUGGAUA